AUGAGCCCGCAGCCAGAUUUCCUGAAUCCAAGGCAGGAGGCAGGAAAAAGGAUGGAGAACAGGAUGCAGCACCAUUUGAUGCAUGCCCACUUCCUAGCUGGCCUGGUUCUGGGCUCCGAGCAUGAGACACGUCUGGUGGCAAAGCUAUUUAAAGACUACAGCAGUGUGGUACGGCCGGUGGAGGACCACCGGGAGAUUGUCCAGGUCACCGUGGGCCUACAGCUGAUCCAGCUCAUCAAUGUGGAUGAAGUCAAUCAGAUUGUGACCACCAACAUCCGUCUGAAACAGCAAUGGGUAGAUUGCAACUUGAAAUGGAAUCCAGACGACUACGGCGGGGUGAAAAAAAUCCACGUCCCCUCGGAAAAGAUCUGGCGGCCGGACGUCGUUCUCUAUAACAAUGCAGAUGGCGACUUUGCCAUUGUCAAAUUCACCAAGGUGCUCCUGGACUACACCGGCCACAUCACCUGGACGCCUCCAGCCAUCUACAAAAGCUACUGUGAGAUCAUUGUCACCCAUUUUCCCUUCGAUGAGCAGAACUGCAGCAUGAAGCUGGGCACCUGGACCUAUGAUGGCUCUGUGGUGGCCAUCAACCCGGAAAGUGACCAGCCAGACCUGAGUAACUUCAUGGAGAGCGGGGAGUGGGUGAUCAAGGAAGCCAGGGGCUGGAAGCACUGGGUGUUUUACUCCUGCUGCCCCAACACCCCAUACCUGGACAUCACCUACCACUUCGUCAUGCAGCGCCUGCCCCUCUACUUCAUCGUCAACGUCAUCAUUCCCUGCCUGCUCUUCUCCUUCCUAACCAGCCUGGUGUUCUACCUGCCCACAGACUCAGGGGAGAAGAUGACGCUGAGUAUCUCUGUCUUGCUGUCCCUCACUGUGUUCCUUCUGGUCAUUGUGGAGCUGAUCCCGUCCACCUCCAGUGCCGUGCCUUUGAUCGGGAAGUACAUGCUGUUCACCAUGGUGUUCGUCAUUGCAUCCAUCAUCAUCACCGUCAUUGUCAUCAAUACACACCACCGCUCGCCCAGCACACACAUCAUGCCUGAGUGGGUGCGGAAGGUUUUUAUCGACACUAUCCCAAACGUUAUGUUUUUCUCCACAAUGAAAAGACCAUCCAGAGAUAAGCAAGAGAAAAAGAUUUUUACAGAAGACAUAGACAUCUCUGACAUUUCCGGGAAGCCGGGGCCUCCACCUGUGGGCUUCCACUCUCCCCUGAUCAGGCACCCAGAGGUGAAAAGUGCCAUCGAGGGUGUUAAGUACAUCGCGGAGACCAUGAAGUUAGACCAGGAGUCCAAUAAUGCAUCAGAGGAAUGGAAGUAUGUUGCCAUGGUGAUGGACCACAUUCUCCUUGGAGUCUUUAUGCUGGUGUGUCUCAUCGGGACACUGGCUGUGUUUGCAGGUCGGCUCAUUGAGUUACAUCAGCAAGGAUGAGCAGAAGGCUGAACCUACCUCUGCCCCAGCCCCAACCAGCACUGGGAAAGAGGAAGUUCUUUAAUACUUCCACACUUACCAAACGCGCAGUGUUCUACACGUCCUAUUAAUAGUAGUGGUCUCUGUUUACAGGCUAUGGUCUUGACGUAUUUCCCCUUUGCUUCUCUUCCAACCCCAUGGGUCUUCUUAAAGAGUGAACCCUUUGUAGUAAAUAAA